AUGUUCGCCAAGACCGCCGUUGUUAUUCUGGCUGCUGCCGCCAGCCUCGUCAGCGCUCUCCCUGAGCCUACCCGUGUUCGAUCUGCUCCUGAGGCGAAGCGAACCGAGCACUGGGGUACCGGCACUGUUUACGACCAGAAUGGAGCCUACGGAUCUUGUGGCGAGAAGCAUGGUGACAAUGAGCUGAUUGUUGCCCUUACCCCCAGCUGGCAGGGCAGCGGCUGGCCUCCCAAGUACUGUGGCCGCAAGGUAUUCAUCCAGAACAUUGGCAGCAACGAUGGUGUUGGCGGCAAAGGCCGAACUGUCAUUGCCACUGUCAAGGACACCUGCCCUGGCUGCCCUUCAGCUGACAGCAUUGACUUGUCUCACGGAGCUUGGAACCAGCUCACCGGCAAUGCUCCUUUCGGAACCGUCAACAUUGAGUGGCACUUCUGCAACGAGAACGGCCAGUGCUAA